AUGGCGCAGCUGCUCUCGCUCAGUGCGACGCACUACUCACAGCUGUUGGUUCCCCUCGCAUUAGAAGAUAUGGGUAGCCACACGAGUGGUCAGCAACUCCAUGGUUGGACCAAGGACGUGGAACGUGUGAAAGACAUGCUGCACACGAAAUUAACCGGAUUGGUACACGACGCGCAAUACGUCAGCAAACAGGUAGAGCACUACGAGAUGGAAGAAGACAAGGACAGGCCGGGACGCUUGAUAUUCAGGUGUUCAACAGUAAACUACGGUAGCAGUAUGCUGAUGUUUGCCUCAAUAUUAUUAAUGAGGUUCAUCGAAAUUUAAACAAUAGUGCACUCGCCAUAUUAACUGUGUUUAUUGGCAGGUCGUGAACAGUGAAAGUAAAGAACUAGGAAUGCAACUGUGCACCUGUUGGCUACAUUAUUUACAGUAGUCAGUGUUGAAAUUCCACACCCCAUUUUUCAGUCAGUAACACAACGCAAUAUGUUGACACCAAGGACCAUCAACAAACAAAUAAAGCAGGUGAACAUCAUGUAUGGUUCCCUUCUGGGUGAUGAUUAUCGUAAUUGGGCACAAUAAACUAGGACUCACGAACUAUGAACACUAACUCAAGAACAGUUUACAAUACGAAGGAAGUGCAACAGCAAAUCAGCAAAUGCAUUUCAUGGCCGCAGUAUGACAGCAGCCAAUCAGCUAGUGGGUUCUAUGGAAGCAGCCAUUGAGUACAGGAGCAGCAAAUCAGCAUGCGCAUAGACACAGCUGUGCGGACGAUGAAUCAAGAUGCAGCAGCAGC